AUGGUUUAUAUGGUAUUAUGUUUUGUGGCGGUGAUGGGAGCGGUGUCUGCAGUGAAGGUCGACUUCGUGCCUCCCGGUGCUACCAGCUAUAUCUACCGGAGCGACAACAACGGCCCAGCGAGCCUCAUCCAGCUCGGCAGCCUCAAGUACGACCAGCCUCACGCAUUUGCGGCGCCAUUGCCUCUAGCACAACCAUUGAAAUUCGGAGCCAUAGAAAACUAUAAACUUGGACCAGCACCGCUUCCGUACGUCGCUGCCAAGCCUAUAGUAGUAGAAGAUGCUGAAGAAGACGAUGAUAGCGACGAAUCUUCAGAGGAGUACGCUGGCGGUGAAGAACUAACCGGACUUGACCAUGGACAUGAAUUCGAAAAGGGAGAAGGAAACGACUACGGUGAAAAAUAUCACUCCGCCCACGGUGAAAAGGGCAGCAAAGGAUACCUAUCCAAGGGACAUCAUGAUGAAGGCAAAGCAGGACAUUACGGCAAGGAACAUGGAGAAGGUUACUAUAGCGACGAAAAAGGUGAGAAAAAAGCACAUCACGACAAAGUCGACGCCCACGGGAAACAUCACGAAUCCGGAGAGAGCUACAAAGGCGGCGACCACGGACACAAGAAACACUUCAGCAAAGGCGAAGACGUGACUGGCUACCACAAGAUCUUCCAUAAGGAUGAGUUCAAGAAGGAUCACGACUUCUACGACGUUGCGGACAAGAGUGGACAUUUCAAGAAGCACGACUACGCCAACGAGCACCAUGGAUCCGAGAAAGGAGCGCACAAAAAGGGAGAACACCACGACUCAGCCAGUGAUAAGGGGGAAUUCGGCAAAAAGGGAUACCACGCUAAAGGCCAUAUUGACGAUGCUCAUAAAGGCAUUUCUUCUGAGAAAGGCCAGGACAGCUAUUACAAACACCACGAGGACUUCGGUAAGAAGGGAGGCAGCGUACACGAAAAAGAACACGCCUUCGAAGAUGACGAUGAAGAAUAUGAUGAUGAUGACAAAGAAUAG